AUGGGUUGCAGAGAGCAGAGGUGGUCUCUCAAGGGUAUGACCGCGCUAGUCACUGGUGGAACCAGAGGCAUUGGAUACGCGAUUGUAGAAGAACUGGCAGGAUUUGGGGCAAGAGUGUAUACUUGUUCACGCAACGAGAAAGAGCUCAAUGAGAGGAUAAAAGAAUGGGAAAGUAAAGGGUUUAAAGUAAGUGGCUCAGUCUGUGACCUCAGUUCUCUAGACGACAGACACAAGCUGAUGGGUUCCGUUACCUCUGCUUUCGAUGGGAAGCUCAAUAUCCUAGUAAACAAUGCUGCCAUAGCCACACUCAAAAAAUCUGUAGAUUAUACCCUUGAAGACUAUUCAUUCAUAAUGAAUACCAAUCUUCAGUCUCCUUAUCAUCUUUGUCAACUUGCACAUCCACUUUUGAAAGCAUCAGGAAACGGAAAUAUUGUGUUCAUUUCCUCUAUUGCUGGUAUGGUAGCUUUACCUAUGCUAUCAGUAUAUUCAGCAACUAAAGGAGCAAUCAACCAAUUAACGAGGAACUUAGCCUGCGAAUGGGCAAAGGACAAUGUUCGCACAAAUACUGUUGCACCAGGGGCCAUCAGAACCACGAUUCGACAAGAUCAACCUGCCGAUCCUGAAAUAAAAGAGGCAUAUAGCGACAUGUUAUCUAGAAAUCCAAUCAGUCGUAUUGGAGAGCCUAAUGAGGUUUCAUCACUGGUCGUAUUCCUCUGCCUUCCUACUGCUUCCUACAUCAAUGGACAGGUUAUUUGCGUUGAUGGGGGACUUACAGCCAAGGGUUUUUAG